UGUGCAUUGGAAAUCACCAAGCUGGAGCUGUGUGUUUGAUAGCAGCCAGCCGCGACUGAGAGACAGACGAUGCUGCAGAACACUGCCUUUUUCCUGCAGUGUUUGUGUGCGGGAUUAGCCGCUACUUAGCUGUGCGUGUGGUGUGGUGUGUGUGUGUGUGCAGACGCAGGGCGCACCGAGCCGCCAGCCAGCCGCGUCAGGUGGAUGCGCCUGCAGUGAUCCAGGUCGCCCCUAUGGAUCGCGUCCAUGGAUGUCUUCAAACCCGCUUUGGACAAUAGUUUGAGUCCUAAGGCGUGCGUUUCCUCGUCGGAAGAAGCAGAGGCAGAUGUUUUUCGCUGGCCCACGCCGGAGAAUGGCAUCAGCGCCGCGCCGGAUGCGGCACCCGCAGCACCGGGCUUCUGGACCGCCGUGUUCGACUAUGAAGCGACUGCGGAGGACGAGCUCAGCCUGCGGAGGGGGGACGUGGUGGAGGUCCUGUCCAAAGACUCCCUGGUGUCGGGGGAUGAGGGCUGGUGGACCGGCAUGAUCGCAGACCGGGUUGGCAUUUUCCCAUCCAAUUAUGUGAGCAGCGGGGCUGGCAUUCCGGAGGAAAUCCGGGACACCUCAGAGCAGCAGUUCCCGGUGCCUCCUCUGCACCUCCUGGAGAUUGAUUUCUCAGAGCUGACCCUGGAGGAAAUCAUCGGGGUGGGCGGUUUUGGAAAGGUCUACCGCGCAGUGUGGCGGGGCUCAGAGGUGGCAGUGAAGGCAGCGCGACGGGACCCUGACGAGGAUCCAGAGCAGACCUUGGAGAGCGUGCGUCAGGAGGCCAAACUGUUCGCCAUGCUCAACCAUCCCAACAUCAUGGGUCUGCUGGGGGUGUGUCUGCAGGAGCCCAACCUGUGUCUGGUCAUGGAGUACGCCCGGGGUGGGCCCCUCAACAGGGCCCUCGCUGGGAAACGCAUCCCUCCGUGCACGCUGGUGGACUGGGCCGUGCAGAUCGCCCGGGGAAUACUCUACCUCCACAGCCAGGCCAUCGUCCCCAUAAUUCACAGAGACCUCAAGUCCAGCAACAUCCUGAUCCUCGAGAGAGUCGAGAUGGAAGACCUCAGCAACAAGACUCUGAAGAUCACAGACUUUGGGCUGGCCCGAGAGUGGCACCGCACCACCAAGAUGAGCGCCGCCGGCACCUACGCCUGGAUGGCCCCCGAAGUCAUCCGUUCAUCUACGUUCUCCAAGGGUAGCGACGUUUGGAGUUAUGGCGUGCUGUUGUGGGAGCUGCUGACAGGAGAAGUUCCAUUUCGGGGAAUUGAUGGCCUCGCUGUAGCUUAUGGAGUGGCAAUGAACAAGCUGGCUUUGCCCAUUCCUUUGACCUGUCCUGAGCCUUUUGCACGUCUUAUGGAAGAAUGCUGGAGCCCAGACCCUCACGCCCGGCCGCAGUUCACAAGUAUUCUGGACCAGCUGACGGCCAUCGAGGAGUCGGGCUUUUUUGAGAUGCCAGCAGAGUCCUUCCACUCUCUGCAGGAUGACUGGAAACUGGAGAUCCAGGAAAUGUUUGAUCAACUGAGGACCAAGGAGAAGGAGCUGCGAUCGUGGGAGGAGGAGUUGACCCAAGCCGCACUGCAGCAGAAAUGCCAAGAGGAGGCGUUGAGGAGGCGUGAGCAGGAACUAGCCGAGCGGGAGAUCCACAUCCUGGAGCGGGAGCUCAACAUCAUCAUUCACCAGCUCUACCAGGAAAAACCUCACGUGGAGAGCAGGCAGGGCAAGUUCCGCCGCAACCGCCUUAAACUGAAGGAUGGGAACAGGAUCAGCUUGCCUUCAGAUUUUCAGCACAAAAUCACAGUGCAGGCGUCUCCCUCACAUGAUCGGCGGAGGAGUUUGCUCAGUAGCAGCUCCAGUCCUCCGAGCAGUCCGCCGAUGCUGCCCCGCCUGAGAGCUAUCCAACUCACCCCGCGGGAGGGAUGUACAGCCUGGGGUCGCAGCACAUGUUUUCUGCAGGAUGAAGAGGAGAGUGAGAGGAAAGGGUCCAGGAAAAAGGGCAGAUCCCGAGGGUGUGGCCCAUACAGGGAGCACAGCGCUGACGCAAGUGUAAAGCCUCCCCAUGAAGGCAGCAGGCAGCGGUCCUGCAGCGCCCCGAACCUUCGCAGAUCCCCGAGACACAGUCCAGCAGUGCCUGGAGUGCCAAGCCUUGUGGAGAUGGAAAAUGAAGACUGCUGCUUCACUACUGAGACAGGAGCAGCUCCUGGUCAGUCCUACCUCUGCAUCCCCUUCCAUAAGGAGAGUAACGCUGCUGCUGCUGCUGCUGACGGUGAUGGAGAUGAGUACUGCGCCACUGGCCAGGUUCCAGGAACGCCGCCAUGCAAGAAGAGCCCCGGUGGGGGACGGCGGUCUGAGCUGGUCCUGCUGGGCUGUGGAGCUCUGCUGGCAGCCGUCGGACUGGGCUGCAACCUGCUCACUCUGGCUCAACCGGAGGAGAGCAUCAAACCACGGUGGGAGGGUUUCUUCCACAGGACAGGGGGCCAGAGGCGGAGCACCAGCCCCCCGACUCGCAGACUGUUCCGGCGGGAAAGCCCACUGAAGCCCUCAGCGCCCUCGCUGCCUGAGCGCGGCUUGCCCUCCUCUUACACACUGCUGUCCUUAUCAUCAGUGUCUGACUGCAACUCCACCCGCUCGCUGCUGCGCUCUGACAGCGAGGAGUUGUUGGUCUGCCGCCCUGCCACACCGCUCAAACAGCAUCCUCUUCCUCCUCUCUCACAGCCUCAGGCCAUCCAAACACCGGUCAACCCGCUGGUCAACACCCACCUCGAAAGCUUCAAGCGCAACCCCCGACAGUCUCUCACACCCACACAUGUACCAUCUGCUCCAAGUUCCUCACGUAGCCUGCGUCGAAUACCAUCAGAUGGGGCCAUCAAGAAGAGCUGCCUCCCUAAUAAUCUGGAAACAUUGCCAGAAAAAACUGCAUUAGAGAACACAGGUGGGUUUAGAGGUGUAAAAGAAGACCGUCCUGAGGUUCCCCGGCUUCCCGAUCCAAAUCUUGUGUUCCCUCCAACUCCCCGUCGUCGCUGUGCUCCUGAACGCCCAAAAACUCUUGACUUUGUGGCUCGGCCUCGGCCUUCACCAAGGGCACGCUGUGAUGUGUUCUGGGCGGACGCAAGGCCCAGGGGAAAUGGACAAAACCUUGGUAAUGGUGAUUCCCCUGCCCACACUUCCAGCACAGAGACUCCUCCAACUGUAGAGUUUGGUAGAGACCCCACAGUGCUGCCCACUCCCAUGGAGGCCCCGACGCCCUACUCCCCCAGCAGGAAGGGAAACCUGUUGGAUCAGCUGGAUGAGGGACAGUGCCGGGAUGGAACCAUCCCACUCUGCAGACCAGAAAUCAGCUUUCCCAAAGACUCACCUUUCCGCUACAGACCUGGAUUCUGGUCCUAACUCAGCCCCGGCCCUUCACCGGCCCAAUGCAAGGAGGGGACUGUCCCUGCUGUUAGCCUUUGGAUUCUUACAGUGGCUGAAGGAUUCCUGUUUCCUAUCGAGCACCUGUCAUCACCAAUCACUAGUACACAGUAAUUUCCCAGGGACGGGGGAUGCUGUUGUAUAAUAUGAGCACGUCUUUGCAUUAGCAACGGUCUUGAAACGGUGUCAGUACAAUAAUGCCUGAGACCGUCUCGAGCUUUGUACGGUCAACUGAACUAUUAAGAAGAAUGUCACUGCUGCUUGGGUUUGAAUUGGGACCGAAAACACUGUCAGGAAAUCACGACCAAAUAUAUCGAAGAGCUCAUUCAUUCCACAUUGAGUUUGUUCUUUGUUUGUGACCCUGUCAGUGUAGCUUGUUUGGAUCCCAACCCAUCAGAGAAACAUUUCUCCAAACUAAAAAGGGAACUUUGUAUUUCUAACUCUGUAAAUUGCCUCAUAAAUUGUUGAUCAAGAUAGAAUGAGGGAUGUAAAAUAUGUAAGCAACAAAAUGCACGAGUGUUGAGUGGCUCACAGGUGAAGCAGGCCCUGGUGGCAUGUGAAAGCUCAUUCCUGAUUUAUUUUGCUUUAUUUAUUGAUUAAUUUAUUUUUUAUAAUUAAUUAUAUUUGCCUUGAUUUUUGACACUCGUUUAUGUCCGUGAUUGUUCAUAGCGUUAAAUGUGGCUUCAAACAAAAUGCAGCCACAUUUCACUUGUUUCAUAUUUGUAUGUAUGUUUCACGCAUUUUAAAUAAUUUUCAGGUUGUUUUUUAACAUCUUAAACAAGGGUGCAAGUAGUCUUAACCCAACUAGAGAACAAAAGCUGACACGAUUAGUUGAUUAAUCAAAAUUCUAAUAGUUGAAGUCAUUUUUUAAGUUAAAUAAACUAAACAUAUCCUGGUUUCAGCAUCUCAAUUGCGAGAAUAUGCUGCUUUUCUUUGUGUGAUCUGAAGGUAAACUGAAUUUUUGGAGGUUUUGGACUUGUCUUGGAAAAACAAGAAAUUCUUGGGCUUUAGGAAAUUGGGAUGGGUGUUAUUUAAUUGAGAAAAUAUUCAUCAGAUUAAUCAGUAAUAAAAAAGAAAUUCCCUAAAUCCAACUGGGCUAAACGCAUGCAAACUGGUCUGUGCACAUUGAUGACUUUUUGUUAACACAUUUUGCCUGUGUUUGUCUUGAAUGAACUGGGGUUGAUAUUGUUUUCAAAUAAUUAUGUCGUUUUUUUUGCUACCCUCCAAGACGAGGAAACUCACAAUAUUGGCGAAAGCACCAGGUUAAUGGUGCUGUCAGUUGUGAUAAAUCCUACCCAUCAACUGUCAGGUAAAAAAAAGCUAAUUAAUUAUUAGUUAUUUGAAAAUAGAAACCCUGACUCUGGUCUUAAUGCCUGUUUAUCUCAUUUCAUUUUCAAAUGUUAAGUGACCUCUCAGCCUGGAGGACUGUGUCCUCUGAGAUUUGAUCUGUCUUUAUCCCGCGUGUGACCCGAUGUACAUGUAAACGUGAAUGCUUUUUCUCCGAGGACUGUGCAGAAUGUGAUCAUGCUCUAUGUACACACACAGUAUUUCAACUACAGGUGCUAGUUGAAACAAAGCUCUCUUGAAUGAGGUGUAGCAAGCCAAGGUGUCGUUAUCUGUCUGAAAUGUUACCACGAAUAAGCUGAUCUUAACUGUUGCUGAUGGACAUUGUUCAGGUUGGGAAUAAUUCUGUUACUGACUGACUUGUAUUUGCA